AUGCAGAGUGCUUCUACAAACAUUUGUGAAAGAAUGGGUCACUCUCAGGAGCUCAGUGAAUUUAAGUGUGUUACUGUGAUAGGUUGCCACCUGUGCAAUAAGUCCAUCUGAGAAAUUUCCUUGCUAUUAAACAUUCCACGAUCAACUGUUAGUGGUAUGAUAACAAAGUGGAAACAGCUGGGAACAACAGCAACUCAGCCACGAAGUGAGCGGGGUCAGCGCAUGCUGAAGCGCACAGUGAGCAGAAGUCUCCAACUGUCUGCAGAGUCAAUAGCUAAAGACCUCCAAACUUCAUGUGGCCUUUAGAUUAGCACAACAGUAGUGCAUAGAGAGCUUCAUGGAAUGGGUUUCCAUGGC